CAACUGCUAUAUUGGAUCUGGAGCAACAACAGCGGAUAUAAUUGCUAUCUGCAAUUAUAUACACUUAAAUAACAAGAUCCUAUAUGACUCCAAAGAUGGAAGCUAAGAGAUUAAAAGGCUGAAGAUGCCAUUUUUGUCACAGGUACACUCCCAGCCACUUUUUGUUUUUCAUGUCAGAAGGAGCCAAUGGUAGAGGGUGUGAAAAAUAGAUGUAUGUUAAAUUGGCCAUGCUCUGUAGGCAGGAUGCAACUACACUUACUCCCUGGGACACAUUCUGGUAUGUCAAAGUUCCUUGGGGAAAUUAUAGGUAUCUUUUGCCUGUUGGUUUAGGUAGUUUAAAUACCUUGGAUCAUAUUUCCUUACAGUUACCAUCUCAGUAACUUAAGAGCAAAGUGGGUAUGGACAUUUGUGUAUAUGCAAACUGUGUCUAACUGACAUAAUCCUGCAGUUUUAAAAUGUUAAAUUCCAUACUUUUAUUCUUAACACUGCAGCCUUCCCCCUUCUUCCUUGGGGAACAGCUCCUAGUGCUCGCCUCUCAGGACACACCGGGCUGAAAUAUAGUUUCAUUUACUUCUUUACUCUCGACUGAAGACAUCUGCAGCUUUGUCAAUGAAAAGCAGCCUAGCUGGCAAUUCUGUCUGUCACUGCUCCGUUUUGCUGGCAGUUGGAUGCUGGCCGGUGAUGUCACCAUGACGCAGCACAGGCACCAUGGUGACAUUCGGGAAGCUUCCACCACACACCCUAGGCCACAGGCGGGUGCGGCUGCACUUCAUCCCCGUUUGGCAGGAAAGGGCCCAGUUGGUCGAGGAAAUGGCUAUGGACAGAAAUUUCUGUCCAACUAGAAAGACAAUAAUUUCAAUGGAGCCUUCUUCAACAGAAACAUCAAAUGUUUCUGUUUGGAACAAUCCCAUUGAUUUGGCAGCCUCAGCUUCUCCUCAAGUAGGUGAUAAAAGAGCAGCUCGUGAUGCUGCCCUGGGAUCUAUAAAAGAAGAAAACACUUCUGAAGGUUCACGUGGUGAACCCUGCACGAAAAGAGUACAUCUUCAUUUUUCUGAGGAAAGCUCUGGCAAAGCCAAUGACUUGUCACCCCAAUCCUUUCUGAAAACACUCUGGGAAAUUGCUGGAAGCAAUCGGUUUCAGUCCCUUUGGUGGGGUGACGAUGGGAACUGCAUAGUGAUUGCGGAAAAACUCUUCAAAAGGGAACUGCUGACAAGGAGAGGACCUCUGAAAACUUUUGAAAUUGAUAGCAUGAAAACUUUCAUUCAUCAGCUUCAUCUUCAUGGAUUCUGCAAAAUGCAAUGGGAUUUGACAAGAUCUUCCUCAUAUGAUGAAUUUCUAGCUGAUAAAGAAGCAAUCUCUGCUUUUAACAAGUUACUCUUCUACCAUAACCCCUAUUUCAAGAGAGACUAUCCCCAUCUGUUAAGACGAUGCAAGCAAAGUACCAGUCUAAAAAAAGCUGCAUUUUCACUGGAACCCGCUUUGAAGGAAGGCCGCCUGAGAAGAAACCCACUGAAGAUAUAGUCAGGCCCUGCUUCGACAGCAGUCAGUGCACAGAUCAAUCCUCAGGCCCCAUCCCUUUUUCCACAACACCACAGCUACUCCCUGGUUGGCAUCCUGGAUACUGCUUCUGCUGGAUCUGCUGUGCCUCCAUACCACAUUACACCUCACAUAACAGAAAGUGUAUGUCCACCAGAGCUGG